AUGGCUGCUGGUGACCAGUGGGCGCUGCCGAUACUGCUGCUGCCGCUGGAUAUGCGGCACGGCUCAUUUAUUGAAGCAGGCGCGGCACUGGGACAUCGGUGGUGGCCGCGGCGACAACGACGACGACAUUUAUUAAGCCUAUUGCCUAGAUUCACGACAAGGGUGUUGUUGCUGUUGCUGCUGCUGCUGCUGCUGAUGACGAUGAUGAUGCAUCGGUGA